AUGGCCUUUUUCCACCAUCACCUGCACCAUCAGCCUAGGUGGACUUCCCUCUCCAACCCGGGAUCCCUCUGGUCCACCCAAAGUCGGAUCCUGCGGUUUCUGUGGAAGAUGCCAGCUCCCUCUAAUGACGGAGGUGCCAGCGAGGCUGACAUCAGCACCGGGAUACGCAGCACAGCGGUUCUCCCCUCGCUGUGCACAAGGCAAGUGCGGAGCUACUACGUGGACUGGAGGAUGCUGCGGCGCGAAGUGGCUGAUAAAGAGAUUGCUGACUUGCCCCGGGACAGCUGCCCUGUGAGGAUCCGAAAUAGGUGUGUCCUGACAUCCCGCCCUCGGGGGGUGAAGCGGCGUUGGAGGCUCAGCAGAAUCGUUUUCCGCCAUUUUGCUGACCAUGCUCAGAUGUCUGGGAUACAGAGGGCUAUGUGGUAGAUCACCGCAUGAAUAUACAUUCAGGCAGAAAACACAAAACAGGCUCAGUUGAUGUGUUCAAGUGAUUAAAGCAAGACUGUUCUAAAGAGUCCAGCAUCAAUAUCAAACUAAUAAGGGAAGGAUGAGAGGCCAUGCUGGUUCAUUGAACUCCCUUACUGGAUUGUGACUGGUAUCAGCUAAGUGACGAGAAGCAGCAUAACUGCACUAAGCUGGUCUGCAUGAGAGGCAAAGUUUUAUUUUGAGGGGGAAAAAAUCACUACGUAAUUGUUGCAGAACUAAGCUGAGGUUUGUCAGAAAUAAAGACAUA